CUAGCAUGGACACACGUGCCCACUGUCUCGAAGCUGCCCUCCACGACGAGCAAGCUCGAUUCUCUAUUGUGCUCACUGUGUGACCGCCAAGGCUUAAGGCAUGAGCCUCAACAACUCUGCCAAUGGACGUCCUGUUGACAAGGGCAAAGGAAGAGCCGUGGAGCCUCCUACCGAACGCACGCCUUUAAUCCCGCCCGCCUCGAGCUCGCUAUCCUCGUCCGUGUCCGAUAUCGAGCCAUUGCACACGCAGUCUCGACGACCGCUCCUGUAUAAACUGCUUUAUGUUUUCUUUAUCUCCCUAUUGCUUUGCGUUGUCGUUGUUGUCGCCCUCGCAUUACUCGCAUGGUCUUACGCUUCACGGGCCUCAAACCUGUCUCCCGAUACCAUCAUUAACGAUGGACUCGUCUUUGAGGGCCCAAGUCGCGUGGAUGUACUCAAUAUGACAGAUACCGGUGAAAUAUGGGCUCUAAUAGAGGGAAGAAUAGGCCUGGACGCUGGUGGUGUUACCGGUAUGAACAGUGCCGACCAGGAUAAUCUGGUGCAGGACCUGUGGAAAUCACUAGGCAGAUGGGGGAUUCGGAAGUUGGACCGUGUUUCAGUCCAUAUGUCCAGUGUACAUGUCGUAUCGGAGCAUGGUGAACGACUGGCAACUCUCACCAUUCCUUCCCAGGAAAUAGCCAUAACGGCUGAUCCUCCUGACGACUUAUCAUGGCUUCAGCCCGUCUCCACAACCGUAUUCAUUCAGCCAACGACUAACGGUUCUGUCCUGAAAUCCUUUGUCCAAGAGGCAUGGAGAGAAGGCUCAUUCGCUCUGAAAAUGGAUAUUGGAGAGGUUGCCGUUGAAGGGGGUAGCUUAGGCAAUACUGGUUGGAGGCAUAAUCUUCACAAUAAAUUCAGAGAUGUCAACACUGUCAUACGGUUGAUAAUUCCUAGACUUCCAGGACUACCCCAGCCUGGUCGAAAUGUUCCAUCUCCUUCCCUGGAAGAUCUUAUAAACCUUGAAUCUUUUUCAGUAACGACUGUCAACGACAAGUUGACUCUGGCGGCUUGUGCGACCAUCAUCGAUCCUGCACCUCCAUCAUUCAACUUCACUUUGCCACCCCUCCCAUUCGUCGUAUCCUUUCCUCCAGACGUUCCAAUUGCUCAUGUGACGACAGAAUCAUUCACAACGACUCAUCCGAAUAUUACCCUGCACAUGACGGGAUCAGUACUUCCCCUACCAUCUGGUUCUUCUUCCGUUCUUUCUACCUUUCUAUCACGGUACCUCUCCGCACUACCUAAUCCAAUAACUAUCUCAACACCCUUGGUAUCAAAUCUAUCAGUGGAUGCCGUAUUUCCGGGACCUCGGCCUCGACCUAAGGUUUUGCGCAAUGUCACUAUUCAUGACAUGAAGAUCAAGCCUCGGGGGAGCAUUUUCUUCGCGAGUGGCACUGUCUUUGCUCGCAUUGUCUUGCCGAAGGGUAUGAACAUCGACUUGGACGUCAGCCAUGUUCUACCUGGUGUGCUGGUGUUCGAUGGGGAGCCGCCACAAAGCGACGCUGCCCUUCCCGAUCCACUGCCGGAUCAUGCGUUUGCGCACAUACAGCCUGACGAAUGGCUGGUUUCCAAGUGCGUCCCGGCAGAAAGCAACGAAGAUGGAGGUAGUGCUUUUGCCGUAAGCGCGAAGAUAGAAGAAGUCCCAUUAGAGGUACUACCUGGACGACAGAAGGAGUUUAGUAAUUUUGUCAGCAAGGUUAUAUUUGGCGCUGACGGUGCGCUGGCUGGUCUUGUAGGAACUGUUGCUGUCUGCGUGGAUGUGCCGGGAUUACCUUCAGAGGAUGAUAGCCUGCAACUAGAUGGGCUGCCGUUUCAGGGGAGUGUUCGUGUUGGGAAGAAGAGCAUAUUUUCAUUGACUGAAUGGCUACCUUUGCUAUGAUUUGGACUGAUUUUGUAACAACAUAUUGUAAUCACGCAUUCAUGUAUAGAUAAGGCAUUUCAUACAUUUACUCUGAAGUUAAGGGCUACGAGA